GGCUGCACGGAGGGCGGAGCUGGCCUGGCUGUCACCAAGAUAUGUUUCAUUUCAAAAACUAGCCACUCCGCUACCCACUGUGUGUGUGUGUGUGUGUGUGUGUGUGUGAGGUUUAACUAACUGCGACGACAGAGCAGAGGCUGUUAGCGAGCAGAGGAGCAGCAGGAUGCCGGUGAAAGGCGGAGGAAGACUGGCCUCUUACCCGAGCAGGAGCGAAAAUGUCGGAAGCUCGGGGAUGGAAGAGACGGUCUGGGAGCAGUACACAGUCACUCUGCAGCGGGACUCUAAGAUGGGAUUCGGCAUCGCUGUGUCAGGUGGGCGUGACAACCCCAAUGUGGACAACGGAGAGACGUCAAUCAUCGUGUCAGACGUGCUGCAGGGAGGACCAGCAGAUGGAUUACUCUUUGAGAAUGAUCGUGUCAUUCAGGUCAACUCCAUCUCCAUGGACAACGUGCCUCAUUCCUUUGCUGUGCAGUCCCUUCGUAAAUGUGGUAAAGUGGCUAAAGUAACGGUCAAAAGACCUCGUAAGGUGGCGGUCCACUCACUGAAGCAGCCCCCCUCCCCAGGCGCAGACAGUCGGGAGUACACCCCCUCCACCCACUACUAUGAUGCUGAUAAUGACAACGGUUGGUACCGUGACGAAGGCCGGGACCACACCUCAGACAGCAAAGGAUAUCUGGACCCUGAGUACAGAGGGGGGCGGGACUCAAACCAGAGAGGAAGGAGUCGCGGGAGGAGCCAGGAGAGAAGCUCACCCAGCCCGGAGAGAUCCAGGAGGGACGGCAGCCGGGGGCGAGCCCUGGACACCAGCGCCGACCGCCAGAGGUACCACAGUCGAGGUCGCAGCCCCGGGGACAGUUACCGCAUGGAGGACAAGUACGAGCGUGGAGAAGGAGGAGGAGGAAGAGGAGGGAGGUAUAGGAGCAGGGACCAGCUCAAUGACAACCCUCCAUCCCCUGAACCAAGCAGAGAGCUGGAGCCUCUGGAGAAACCUGUCAACGUCCUGCUGGUGAAGAACAGACCCAGUGAAGAGUAUGGUCUACGUCUGGGGAGUCAGAUCUUCAUCAAACAGAUGACCAGCACAGGACUGGCUGCCAAGGAUGGGAACCUGCAGGAAGGAGACAUCAUUCUCAAGAUAAACGGCACAGUGACAGAGAAUCUCUCUCUGCAUGACGCUGGGAAGCUGAUUGAGAAGUCGCGGGGGAAGCUGCAGCUGGUGGUCCAGAGGGACCGCCGUCAGAUCCUGGUCCGCAUCCCCCCACUCGCAGACUCUGACUCUGAUAAUGACGACAUAUCAGAGAUGGAGUCAUAUCAUUCCUAUUCUCCCCCAGAGGAGAGGAGGUCCCGCCAGUCUGACCUGUCCUCCCACUCUUCUAUUGAAAGAGACACCCCCAGGGAAGAACCCACAAGGACAGCCAAGAUGUCAGCCAUGGCGUCCCCGUUCAGAGUCCCUGAGGACCCCCAGGCCUCAGCUGAAACAAACAAAGACCCACCACACAUUGAGGAGCCUCCAGCUGCUGUACUAACCACGCCCAAGAUUCUCCUGCGACCAAGUCCUGAAGAUGAAAAAAUAUAUGGGCCAAACACGGUGAUGGUGAAUUUCCAGAAGGGAGACAGUGUUGGUCUGAGGCUGGCAGGAGGAAAUGAUGUAGGCAUUUUCAUUGCUAGUGUUCAAGAGGGCAGUCCUGCUGAGGAGGAGGGCCUGCACAUCGGGGACCAAAUCCUAAAGGUAAACAAUGUGGAUUUUCAAGGUGUAGUGAGAGAGGAAGCGGUGCUCUUCCUGUUGGAGAUUCCUAAAGGAGAAGUGGUCACCAUCCUGGCUCAGAGCAAACCUGACGUCUAUAAUGACAUCUUGGUGUCGGGGCGUGGAGACUCCUUCUUCAUCCGGACCCACUUUGAGUAUGAGAAGGAGACCCCUCAGAGCCUGGCCUUCAGCCGGGGGGACAUCUUCAAGGUGGUGGACACGCUUUACGAUGGCAAGCUUGGCAACUGGCUGGCAAUCCGUGUUGGCAAGGACAAGCAGCUGCUGGAGAAGGGCAUCAUCCCCAACAAGAGCAGAGCGGAGCAGAUGGCCAGCGUCCAGAGCUCUCAUAAAGCUGUCGCGGGCGAUCGAGCUGACUUCUGGCGGUUGCGAGGCCAGCGGUCAGUGAAGAGGAAGGACUUGAGGAAGAGCAGAGAAAACCUGAGCAGUCAGACUCUGGCCACCCGCUUCCCAGCAUACGAACGGGUUGUGCUCCGAGAAGCUGGUUUCCGGCGUCCUGUGGUGCUGUUCGGCCCCAUCGCUGAUGCUGCCAACGAGAAACUGGCCUCUGAGAUGCCCGACCUGUUUGUUAUUGCCAAAACUGAACCAAAAGACGCUGGAUCUGAGAAGUCCUCAGGAGUGGUUCGCCUGAACACCAUCCGACAAAUCAUUGAGCAGGACAAGCACGCCCUGCUUGAUGUGACACCCAAAGCCGUGGACACCCUGAACUACACCCAGUGGUACCCCAUCGUCAUCUUCUUCAACCCUGACAGCAAACAUGGCAUCAAGGCCAUGAGACAGAGGAUCGUCCCCAACUCCAACCGCAGCGCCCGCAAACUCUACGAACAAGCCAUCAAACUGAGGAAGACCUGCUCUCACUUAUUCACUGCCACCAUUGAUCUGAACUCAGCCAACGACGCCUGGUACGGCAGCGUCAAAGACUCUAUCAAAGAGCAGCAGAUGCAGGCUGUUUGGGUUUCUGAUGGCAAGCUGGAGAGAGUAGAGAGUGAUCUGGACUGCCAGGACGUGGAGCGUCUGUCCUUCCUGUCCGCCAUGUCUGCCGACUACCUUAGCAUGGACAGCCGGCUGACCUCUGACCUUGAUGACACCGCCGACGAGGGCGGGGCCUACACAGACAACGAGCCUGAUGUGGAGAUGAUGCACAUCUCCGCCAUUAGCCGCUCAUCUGAACCUGUCACAGCUGAGGAGAUCUUACGCAGGUACAGUCCAGACAUCAGGAGUCGCUUAAGGAAAAUCAGCAGCCAUGAAGUCCUGAACAGGUCCAGCCCUCCACCGGUCUUUAUACCAGACAGCAAGGUGAAACUGUCUCUGAGGGACGACCCAGGUCUUUUAUCAGGCUCCGCCAACACACACCAUCACCACCGCCAACACCACCCUCCGCCCCCCAGCUCCAGUCGAAGUUACGAUUCUCCCUCCAGCAGCAGCCCAGCCAGCAGCAACAACGACCCUCCGCCACUCAUCUCCCGCUCGGCUGCCUCCUCCAGCCCGCUGCCGCUGCCUCCGGCUCACCACUUCAACUCCUGCAGCAAACUGUGGCCCCUGGGAGCUCCCCAGUCCCCCGCCGGCCCCAAGCCCAGCGGGUGUGGGAGCCCGGCGGAGGCUGCGGGUCACCCAGCUCUGGCUCUGCCCAGUGCAGUGGUGGCAGCCUGUAGGCAGCAGGAGGACUCAGCACAGGACGGCCCUGGGGACGAUCCGUCCCUGAGGUCCUUCCUGGGGAAGAUUAAAGCCUUUGAGAAGAUGGAUCACUUCGCCAGAGCCCAAAGGAUGCUGGAACUUCAGGAGGCGCAGAAUGCCAGGUUGGAAAUUGCUCAGAAGCACCCAGACAUCUACGCUGUUCCUCUGAAGACAGCCAAGCUGGAUCACAGUCGGCCACAGCCUAUCGGCUCCAGCUCCAGCUCCCGCCCUGAGCUCCAGACUCCACCGUCUUCCAAGGAGGGAUGUCCCUUUUCUCCCAGCGAAGAGGAGGUAGAGGAGGAGGCAGUGCCGGGAUACUACACCGCCAACUCCUUCCAGUACCAGGAUACUCAACUGUAGGCUCAGCACACAGCAGCUGUGGCAGCCCUCAGCGUCUGAGACAAACAUGUACACAUGCACUGCGUGUGCAGUCUAUUUACACACAUACCAUUCCAUCAUGCCCUGCACAAGUAAGCUGCUGACUUUGAACUGACUCUCGCUUCUUUGAUA